UUUUCACUACAGGAUUUUUCCAUCCUCUCAUUCUUAAUUGGCCAUAAUAUCAAUUGAGAAGUUGCAAAACAUGUCUCACAAAGCUCAUUGCUUAAUCUUGCCAUAUCCAAUCCAAGGUCAUAUCAACCCUAUGCUCCAAUUCUCCAAACGUUUACAAUCCAAAAAUGUCAAAAUCACUAUAGCAGCCACAAAAUUCUUCUUGAAAACCAUGCAAGAAUUGUCAACUCCUGUAUCAAUCGAGGCCAUCUCCGAUGGCUAUGAUGAUGGAGGCAUCUACCAAGCAGAAAGCUUCGCGGCCUAUAUUACAAGAUUCAAGGAAGUUGGCUCUGACACUCUGUCUCAGCUUAUUGAAACGUUAACGACUCGUGGUUGUGCUGUGAAUUGCAUAGUUUAUGAUCCAUUCCUUCCUUGGGCUGUAGAAGUGGCAAAGAAAUAUGGAUUAGCUAGUGCUGCUUUUUUCACACAAUCUUGUGCUGUGGAUAAUAUUUAUUAUCAUGUACAUAAAGGGGUUCUAAAACUUCCUCCUACUGAAGUUGAUGAAGAAAUCUCAAUUCCUGGAUUAGUAACAAUUGAGAGUUCAGAUGUACCUAGUUUUGUUUCUACUCCUGAAUCAGCAAGAGCACUUGAAAUGCUGGUGAAUCAAUUCUCAAAUCUUGAGAAAAUAGAUUGGGUCCUAAUCAACAGCUUCUAUGAAUUGGAGAAAGAGGUAACUGAUUGGAUGUCCAAGGUUUAUCCAAUCAAGACAAUUGGACCAACUAUACCAUCAAUAUACCUAGACAAGAGGCUACCAGAUGACAAAGAAUAUGGCCUUAGUAUCUUCAAGCCAAUGACAAAUGAAUGCCUAAACUGGUUAAAUCACCAACCAAUCAGCUCAGUGGUAUAUGUAUCAUUUGGAAGUUUAACCAAACUAGAACCUGAGCAAAUGGAAGAAUUAGCAUGGGGUUUGAAAAAUAGCAACAAGAACUUCUUGUGGGUUGUUAGAUCCACUGAAGAAUCCAAACUUCCCAAGAAUUUUUUAGAGGAAUUAAAAUUAGCAAGUGAGAAUAAAGGCUUAGUGGUGUCAUGGUGUCCACAAUUACAAGUCUUGGAACAUAAAUCAAUAGGGUGUUUUCUCACACAUUGUGGCUGGAAUUCGACUUUGGAAGCGAUUAGUUUGGGAGUACCAAUGGUUGCAAUGCCACAAUGGUCAGAUCAGCCAACAAAUGCAAAGCUUGUGGAAGAUGUUUGGGGGAUGGGAGUACGAGCAAACCAAGAUGAAAAAGGAUUAGUUAGAAGAGAAGUUAUUGAAGAAUGUAUAAAGAUAGUGAUGGAAGAAGAGAAAGGAAAAAUGAUUAAGGAAAAUGCAAAGAGAUGGAAGGAAUUGGCUAGAAAUGCUGUGGAUGAAGGGGGAAGUUCAGAUAGAAAUAUUGAAGAAUUUGUUUCCAAGUUGCUGACUAUUUCCUAGAAGUAGGAAAUUAAGAGCAACAUAUAGAAAAAUAAAUAAGAAGCUAUCUCACAUUUUGUAUUUUUCUUUUCCAAGUUGAAGUAACAAAGUUUGACCUGAAUCUUCUUUUGUUUUCUUCUUCUUCUUCUAAGCUAAAGCAAUUUGGCUGAUAAAGUGACAUGAUAUGUAAUGUUGUUCUUUAUGAGUUUAACUUUUAUAUAUUGAUAGUGUAAAUCUUUUUAAUA